CACUCUAAUGACCACACUGAGAGUGAGAAGAAAAGCACAAGCUCAGUUAGUCGUCAUCAUUCAAAUAAUAAACAUCCGAACAACACCCAACACAUCAUUAGUCAUCAACGACCGUCAACAUGGUUCAGUACGCAUCUCUUUACAACGACUAUGUCCCGUAUCAAUCGGAGAGACCAUUUAAGCUCGACAACAGGACAUUUCUGCGACGCUGGGACGAACUAAAUGGCAUGAAAUGGAUUCCUGCAUCUAAUGGUGAAAUACCACCCGGUGCCAUUCAAGCUGGACGUGUCGGAAAACACAAACUGUACGUUGGACGAGCGGAGAUAAUGACUUCCAUCGCCCCUGGAGCGGUAAUUGCGGAAAAGAAGGCCUGCCUUGUACCGUGGGGAGGAAAAUGCCACAAAAGGCAGAAGUAUGAAGUCCUAUGUACACCCGGACAUUUUGUUCCAGUUAAAAGUAGCAACACACUGCUUCGGGGCACUCCCGGUGGUAUCAGUGAACAAGGUGAACCGCUGUAUAUCGGCCGAAUGCAACACGAAGGAAAAUUAAUCAACGGGAAAAUACAGAGGUCUUACUUUUGGUGCUAUUUGCCAUACAAGGGCAAGGAAGUGGAAGGGCAAAUAUUUGAAAGUGAGAUUUUUGUAAAAGCGUAAAAGUUUGAAUGUGGCCUGUACCAAUCAAAAGCAAAAUGUGAUUUUUAUCUUUAUGGUAGCAAGAUGCUUGAAAAUUUAACAUACAAUCUUUAAUUAUACAGGGUGUUUGGUUCAUGGUUAAGAAUCUCUCGGGGGUGAUAGACUGCCAUAUUUGGAGAAAACACAUACCAUCAAAUCUCAACCGUUACAGAGUUAUUGAACUUUUUGUGUAAAAAACUUAUUUGUCUUAAAAUACCUCUAACUUUAAAAGUAUACUUUGUAUUUUAAAUAUUUCAGUUCCAUUCGAAAGGUGAAAAAAUUUCCUAUUGGAUGGUGUUCUCAUAUCUUUUAAGUAAUUAGUUUUAUUUACCUUUUAGCUGUAAAGUAGUUAAAAGUUUGUGUUUUUGAGGAGGUUUUUGCUAAUUUUCUCGAAAUAAUGAAGUAUGAUUAUAGCAAUAUCCAUGAUCCAAAAGUUGGGGUUUAGGACAAUUCAUAAUUUGUUCUUGGACGUCAUAUUUCUAUCUCUUCUCAUUUCUUUGUAAUUUCAUUACUAUACUUUUCCUGUAACCGACUUGCAAGUGCUUAAAAGACUCUAAUCUAAAAAAUAUGCUUUAUAUCGUUAUUUACAAGAUUUAAUUGGAAAGCUGAG